GCGCCCAACCCUGCCGCCCCCUUUCGCGCUGCCAGCGCAAGUUCGCCCGGGUCGCCCCCGGUUGCCCCAGGUGUGCCUGCCACCAAGCGUCCGCUAGUGUGUCCGGAGCACCGCAGUGACAUCAUGUUGGGCAUGAUCAAGAACUCGCUGUUCGGAAGUGUAGAGACGUGGCCUUGGCAGGUCCUGAGCACAGGGGGCAAGGAAGAAGUAUCAUAUGAGGAAAGGGCCUGUGAAGGCGGGAGGUUUGCCACAGUGGAGGUGACAGAUAAGCCUGUGGAUGAGGCUCUACGAGAAGCAAUGCCCAAAGUCAUGAAGUACGUGGGAGGCACCAAUGACAAGGGAAUUGGGAUGGGGAUGACAGUUCCUAUCUCCUUUGCCGUGUUCCCCAGUGAAGAUGGCUCCCUACAGAAGAAACUGAAAGUCUGGUUCCGGAUUCCAAACCAGUUUCAGAGCAACCCACCAGUUCCCAGUGAUGACAGCGUUAAGAUCGAGGAGAGGGAAAGCAUCACUGUCUAUUCCACGCAGUUUGGGGGUUAUGCCAAGGAAGCCGACUAUGUAGCUCAAGCUGCCCAGCUGCGCAACGCCCUAGAGGGCACGGCCACCUACCGGAGUGACAUCUACUUCUGCACUGGGUAUGACCCUCCCAUGAAGCCCUAUGGACGUCGCAAUGAGGUCUGGCUCGUGAAGACAUGAGUCACUCACAGGGCCAGCACUUCCUGGAUGUAUGCUUCAGUGUCCACUGAGGCAAGCAGGAGGGAGCCGUGCUUUCAACUGCAACUCCAGUUUAACCAACUUUCCUUCAAAGCCAGUUACUGCCAAUUUUCUGAAAUAAGCAAGUUUCAUAAAACAGGGCUCUUUUUUCUCACAGUGAGAAAUAACACAGCUGAGAUAGAUCGCAUCCCUCUAAUUGAUUUAGAACAUUCUGUGAUAGACCAUAAAAACCCCAGCAGCAUUUUCCCAGCUAUCUGGGUCUCGAAAAACUGAUUUUUUAAAAUUAUUGAAUCUAUAAUUUUGUUAUUGAGAGGAAAAUGUGACUUGUGUGUGAUCUUCCAUCUGUGAUUCUUAUAAAAGCUUUGUCUAAAAAGAAACCGAAAAUAAAGAUCUUGGAUUUAAACAGCUGA